AGAAAAAGAGCAUCUUUACUGUGUCUGAGGUUUGGAGAUGUCGGGCAGAGAUUAGAGUUACCAAAGAAAACACAACAACUAAAAAAAAAAAACAACUGGGGCCCGGCAAUUACGUUAGUAGUUCUAAAUUGGUUAUGCAACCAAAAUGUCUCCUAAUGUUGUAUAAUGCAACUAAAAUUCUGAGUAAAUGUCGUCUGCCCAGAGACAAAGCUGGUAAAGGCUAAAUUCUGAGCUUGUCUGAUGAGUCGGGUCCUCCAUUACAGCAGGAGCUCAGCAUUCUGGGAAACGUGCUUAUUUGUUGUUUGGCUAAGAGUUAGAUGAGAAGAUGAAGAGUGCUCUCACAUUUGUCCAACUAAUGUAUACAUAUAAAGCCAGCGUAGCAUAGAGAAUGAAAACAGGGAACAGCAGUGCCAUACUAUUGUUCUGAUGGUCCAGAAAUUUCUAAGUCCCAUAAGUCCAAUAAAUGUCCAUUUCUUUCAUUUCAGCCCAUUAUCCUAAAAACAACCGUUUAUUGCUCCAAAGUCUCUUCUCUGUGACAACACCUACUCACUGCAGUUCGUUGCAGUUUCCCAGUGGCGUUUGAGCCACCAAUCCUGGUGUCUUUAUCAACCCUUCUCGGCAUAUCCUCGCAACGUUUGAGCCACUAAACCUGGAUGUUUUUAACCGAACAAUUUCUGCUUUUUCAACAUUCUUUGUGUCACCAAACAUGGGUGUUUAAAGCCUAAACCUCACCACACAUUCACCACAGAACUCUGAUUUAAUAAGUCAGCUGGUUCUCAUUACGAAGUUGUCAAAUGCUGCCGCUUUGUCAGUGAUUUUGACAUCAGACACCUGACACCAAAAGCCACCUUUUGCAGAGGUAUGAUACGCCACUGGAGGGCGUCAGGUUGAAACGCUGCCAGUAACAAUGUAUUAUAAGGAGCUAGAAAGUCCCUAUAGGGCGGGUGGAAGGGGUGGUGGAAGGGCCCAACAAACCCUGGACUUUUACCGGGGAGGCCUGUGUGCACUUCUUGUACGAAUGUAGAGCCAAACCAUGAUGUUUUUUUUCUAAAUCUAACCAUGUGCUUUUGUUGCCUAAACCUAACCACGUGCUUUUGUUGAUAUCCUGGAGUUGGUAAUGGCAUCCUGGAAUAUUAACAGCCACAGAAGGAUAUGAAAGGGCACUGACAAAGCGGCGAUAUGUGACGACUUGGGAUGACAAAAUGUGGAAUAAAUCAGAAGUUAUAAAAAUGUGUAAACUGUGUCGUCAAGAUGGUCGAGCAGAGCAUUAGCUGGGAAACAUCACGUUAUGGGGCUAAAAUUAAUAUUAAGUUAUGUUAAAUGUUCGCCGAACGUGUUAGUGUCUGUUUAUGAGUUGUCAGAAAUCAUAAAUCAUCUUUUAAAAGGAGCCGUAAGUUAUAGUUCAGGCUCCGUUAAAUUGAACUGUAUGUUAAACAUAGCAAGUCAAGCUAAUCGCCAACACGCUUGGUUACAAAAGGUAAACAACCAAUGCUUUGGGUUGGCUGUCAGAGAUGACGUAGAUUUGAUCACACAAUCUCGUUUGAGGUUUAACACUUGGUGUGUUCCAUGUCUUUUUUCCCUGUCACUCUAUAAAAUAGGAUUAGUGCACCAUUAGAUACAAUUGCCAUUGUAAAACACUGGUUCCAGUUCAGCACCGGAAGUCACACCCAUAAUUCACACAAUGUAUGAUGGGAGCUUGGAACGAGGUGGAUACAGUAUGUCAGUAAUCAAGCUGCGGGUAUUUGGACUUCUUAUGAAUGACUCCUCAGCAGGUGCCAAGGCAGUAAGGUGAUAAAUACCUGUAGGCUCAUGUCACUCACAGAGGCAUGUGAGACAGGUCUGGAGUCUGCACACUGAGGAAACAGGUCUGACACACACAUUAUACACAUACAGUACACACACUGUAUCUUCGUCAUCAGAUCAAGCAUACUUGCACAGCACAGCAGUCCCGCUGACGGACAGGAAGGAAGCAUGUCAGAGUCAAAGGUCAGUUUCGUCUACAGAGCGAAGCUGCUAGGACCGACUGAGAUGGCACUGUGGGUAAAAGCGGGAGGGAGAGAAGCGGAAGACGGAGCCCAGUUAUAAUUGCGUGCGUAGGCUGACACAUCUGAAUUUACAGGCUGCACUGGAGCUGUGCCACUCAUCUAAAACUGCUUAUUUAAGAGCGAAGAGAGAAAAAAAAUACAGAGCAGAUAUUUUGUUCACUUGUUUCUUAAUCUGUUUUAGGCCCCUCCCUUUGCUUUGCUGUUGCUAAAUUUGUCUCCCCUUGCUCAAACGUAAGAGGCCAAAAUGACACCAUUAUUUUGACUAGACUGUUUUUCCUCCCAUGGAGAGAGGCCAGAGGAAGUGUAGGUGACCUAGACUGGUUAACCACUGCUUCACCACGAGUUGGCUGGGGCACUGCCACCCCCGCAGCCACCCUUUGCAUCAACUGCCUGCCAGGUCCACAUUACUACUACUACACGCCAUGACCACAAGUGGCCCUGCUCCAGUGCCAGCCUCUCAUCAGAUCCAUGCUGGGUGCUUUCUCUUUCCCCAUUGGUGUAAACAGUCUGCCGUCUGGCCAUCGGCUGGCACGGAGCUCAUCUUGGUCAUAUUUGCAGUCAAAUGUGUGUAUGUUUGUAUAUGUUAACCCAUCUUGGGUCUGCACCAGCAGUUUGCACGGCUCUUGCUCUUCACUGCAUAUGCACAACCCUGCACGUAUGUUGUUUUUGUUCUACUUUUUCUCCAUGAAUUGCAACACCCCCCAACCUCAAGCUGCUGUCUGGGACCGAUCAGCUGACGAGUCUUGGCUCAGAUGCUGCAAAAAAGUUUAUUCUGGAACCAACAGGGGGGAUAUUAACUAUCUCUCCUCCAAAGACAGUCCGGGGAGACCAGAGUGCACAGGGCCCCUUUUCGAGGAAAGUUCUCACACACCUCUAAAAAUGUCCUCCUGCAGCCAAGCGCCAGAUGUUGUCAUCUGUCUACUGUUGAUUAAAACACAAACACACCCGGCCACAAAGAUUCAGGCAUGUCAGCUACUUCAGUUAAAGGUCCAGUGUGUAGGAUUUAGGAAGACGUGUUGGCAGAAAUGGAAUAUAAUAACUAUGUUUUCUUUAGUGUAUAAUCACCUGAAAAGAAGUAUCGUGUUUUCAAUAUCUUAGAAUGUGCCCUUUAUAUCUACAUAGGGAGCGGGUCCUCUGUUUCUACAGUGGCCCAGAAUGGACAAACCAAACACUGGCUCUAGAUAGGGCAAUCCGCAUUUUCUCAUCGGCCACCAUAGUUAGAAGCCAUCUGUGACAAGCAGUGUCGGAAAAACACUAAUUUGUAACGUGAAACUGCUUUAUUCAGUAUUUUUAUCUGUUUAAAUUACUGUGUUUGUCUGUUUUGGAGAGGAAGAGACCUCUGCGGAUAAUUCAGCUCCAGGUAAAAACCUGCUAGAUAUCUGGAUCUUAAGUUACUAGAGAGAAAGCUGAGCACACAUUAGCAGUUGCUGGGCUAGCGUCCCGUUUGUGACAUGCUAAACUAUGUCAGAGAAACACUGAGUUGUAAAAUGAAAUUGCUUUUUUUUCAGUGUUUUUACUGGUUUAUAUUAGCAGAUACCUCUGUUUUAGAGAAGUGGAGACUCCCAGCAAAAACUUCCUGAAUGUCUGGACCUUAAGCCAUCAGAGAAAAAAACGUGAGCACAUAUUUGCAUAUGGUGCAUAAGGUGGGUGGGCCACACAUCUCCAACAUGCCAAACAACAUCAGGAAAACACUGAUUUGUAAGUUAAAACUCUAUUUAUUCAGUGCUUUUAAUGGUUUUAAUCACCUGGUCUAUUUGUUUUGGAGAGGAAGAGACCUCUGUGGAUAAUUUGGCUCCUGUUAAAAACCUCCUCGACGAUGAAAGAAAUCUAAUUGGGAGAAGUCUCAGUUGCAACCUGCAGUCCUCAUUACUAGAUGCCAUUAAUUCCCUUUAAAUCAUACACACCGUUCCUUUAAAAAAGGAAGUUGCUAAAUCUCUUUCUCUGUGUUUGGACCCCGAGUGUUAUUUGGGACAAAAGGUGCACUGUAAACACUGCACCCUGUGUUACAGUCACACACAUACACACACACCGCCCACCCCACUGGUUGUGGUACACUGCCUGAGGUGUUUCGGACCAUUUCUUGGUGGUAGCAACACUCCACUCAUGCUGUGAGACUGAGACAAAACACAACAGUCAGUUAAACCAUAGAUAUGUUCUCUUAAGCCUCCAUUGGUUAAUGCUGAAGCCAGCAGGAUAAACUUUGGUGACAGCAAAAGGUAAUUUUGAACUUUCUGACCCUCUGACCACACCUCAUAACAAAGCACGCCCAACAUCGGUUCAAAAUAUUUAUUUCAAACCAGUGUCUUUUUACCACAAUUAUAGCUCCAGUUUCCUGCCCUAAUGUCACCUCCAAUUGCACCUAAACACAACACAUUCACAUCCAACUCUUUCAUAGAAUUUCACAUUCAAAUGAAUCCACAUGUUACAUAAUUCUCAUCAUCUUUGCACCAAGAGCUCGCUGAAGUGCUGAAUAAAAAACACCCGCUAGCCUGGAGGAGAAACAUAAAGUGAUGAGUCAUUUUUAAAAGAAUAAUAAUCUCGUAUUUGCACAUGGCGAGACAUAGGACCCGGCGAUGGUCUGCCUCUCUGCCGAACUUUCCAUGUUUCUUCUCUGCGGCUGAUGAUGGCCGCGCUGGUGUUAGUCCCAGUGGAGACAGUGUCAUACUUUCCUGCGCAGCUGCUGAGCUGAAGUUUUCCCACGUGUCUUGACCAGGGUGACCGUCAUCACGCCAUCUGAUGAUGCUUUUCAGCAGACUACAAAGAGCUUUGAGGAAACACUUGCUCUUGUUUUUAUGCUAAAAGAGUGUAGGAAUGUGUAUGAGAUUGAUUUUGUUGUAUUUGUUUUUUUGCCAGUGCAAGUACGUCCCUGUAAAUUCCCACAUUUCAGUAUGUCAGACUUGCACAAAUGUCCUCAACAGCACUGAUAAUCUUGUACCCCAGAGUUAAUUUAACCCCUCUUUAACUCAACAUGACACUUUGUGACAGAGUUGUCUGGUGAUUUAACAUUUUCCACUGAUGGUGCAACUUUCAGUCCAGUGCGAUGACUUAUUAACUAAAUAAAUUUCCUUUUUUCCCAUAUCAGCAAGUUUUUUUUUGCAAUACUUGGAAGUGCAUGUGAUGCUUUACGCCAUUGAAGUGGCUCUACAUUUUCCAUUAAACGUCUGGACUAAAAAACAUAUUUUUGUGACUCAUGCAGUAUGUUAUAAAGUAGUGUCCACUUGCAGAGGGGUUUCCACACAUACAUGCUAAUAUGUUAAGCUUCGCGCCAAGCUGGUGAUACAUAGGAGUAGCUGUCACACAGCAGUGACUAAGGCUGCUAAUAUCCUGGAUUUAAGUAUAGUGGAGGCUUUAAAAUCGUGGCAUUUGUCUGAGUGCUGCUGGUCUCAGUUUUAAAAGGUAUGUAUGUGCACAAACAGACACUGUGUGGUGAGACGGCUGGUUUGGGAUGUGGGGAAAGGGGGAGGGAGAAGGAGCGAGAAAGGAGGUAAGGGGCAGUGAGUGAAAGUGGGAGGAGUGCGUCUGGGUGUGGGACUGUCAUCCCAUUGAGGGGAGUAGCUGUGGUGUUUUGAUCGAAAUCCAGCAGAUGUGGGAGAGGAGAGAGGGGUGUGAGUGAAAGAGAGAGAGAGAGAGAGAGAGAGAGAUUUCCACCCACCCAACAAGGAGACACACUCAUAAACAGCAGGCAGACGGAGUGAGAGUCAGAAAGACACAGGAUCUCAGGGCAGCAGCAGUGCAAACAGCCAGCGAGACAGAAACAGAGUUUCAUUGAGAGAAGAUGUUUUAUUAAAGGGGAGGAAAAGUCACGCAGACACACUUAAAUACACACACACACUAAUAAACACAGAGCGUGCCACCCAGACAGACAGGCAGGAACAGGCUAAACCCAAGAUUUACUUCCAUUAGCUAGAGAGGAAAACUCUAAUAAGGACACACAAACUAAACUCUUUCUCCCCACAUCACACACUCACAGACACACAGACACACCUGUGCUGGUGCCCAGUGUGUGCUACUCAGUGUGAGGAGCAGGGCUGAUCGACCCCAACAAGUGGAGCAUCCAGGAGGAAGGAGCAAGCGAGUGGAUGGAUGCCUUUUGCAGACUCAGUGGCCUGGACCCUCUGUGGGACUGGAACCGUACGUGGUACACGGCCAACCCAGACCUGACCCAGUGUUUCCAGAACACAGUACUGGUGUGGGUCCCCUGUAUCUACCUUUGGUUGCUGGCCCCCUUCUACUGCCUUUUCCUCUACUGCCAUGACAGUGGACACAUUCGAAUGUCCUGCCUCUGCUCUGCCAAGAUGGUGUUGGGCUUCCUGCUGGCCUCCUUUGGUUUUGUGGAGUUCUUCUACAUCCUGCUGGAGAGGAGUCAGGAGAUCCAGCAGCACAUGGUCUUCCUACUCAGCCCCAUCAUACGCAGCAUGACUGUGAUCUUGGCCUUAUGCAUCAUCCAGUUGGAAAGAAUAAGAGGCUGUCGUUCCUCUGUGUUCCUCUUCCUGUUCUGGGUCUUGGCUGUUGUCUGUUCCCUGGUGCCUCUCAGAGCGAAGAUCCAGCUGGCCAUGGAUGAGGGCAUUGCCUCCGAUAUUGUGCGAUACCUCGCCUUCUUCUCCUACUUCACAAUCCAACUGGCCCAGCUCUUCCUGUGCUGUUUUGCUGACCAGCCUCCAGAGGGAAAAACAGUCUUGGAAAAGAAUCCCUGUCCCGUGAAAGAUGCCUCUUUCCUGUCAAAGAUCCUCUUCUGGUGGUUCACUGGGCUUGUUGUGAAAGGAUAUCGCACACCGCUGGCAGCAGAGGACCUGUGGACCCUCAGGGAGGAAGACACGUCACGGAAGAUCAUCUCUGAGCUGGAAGAGGACUGGACAGACGAAUGUGCCAAACUUCAAAAGCAGGAGAAGGCCUUAGCGUCGGGCGUGGCGUUGGGGAGCAGACUGCCAGACCAGGCCCAGCUCCUCAGGAAGUUGCAGAAGGAGCAGAGCUCUGGAUUCUUCCUGCUCAGGACACUGGCACGCAAGUUCGGUCCAUACUUUCUGACUGGUACCCUGUGUAUCAUCUUCCACGAUGCCUUCAUGUUCGCCAUCCCCCAGGUGCUCAGUCUUCUUCUGGGUUUCAUGAGAGACGAAGACGCACCGCUCUGGAAAGGCUACUUCUACGCCACCCUGAUGUUCCUGCUGUCCUGUCUCCAGUCCCUCUUCAACCAUCAGUACAUGUACACUUGCUUCACAGUGGGGAUGAGGGUGAAGACAGCUGUUAUGGGCUUGGUUUACAGGAAGUCUUUGGUGAUAAACAGCUCUGCCAGGAGGACUUGCACUGUGGGCGAGAUUGUCAAUCUGGUCUCGGCAGACACUCAGAAGCUCAUGGACUUUGUGGUGUACUUCAACGCUGUCUGGCUGGCUCCUAUCGAAAUUGCUCUUUGUCUCUUCUUCCUCUGGCAGCAUCUCGGGCCUUCGGCUUUGGCAGGAAUCGCCACUGUCAUUCUCAUUUUUCCACUCAACGGAUUCAUAGCAAAGAAAAGAAGCAAGCUGCAGGAGAUUCAAAUGAAGUUCAUGGAUGGCCGCAUCAGACUGAUGAAUGAGAUCCUGAAUGGGAUAAAGAUCCUGAAGUUCUACGCCUGGGAGAAGGCCUUCCUGGAGCAGGUUUUGGGCCACAGAGAAAAAGAGCUCAAAGCCCUGAAGAAGUCUCAGAUCCUUUAUUCCAUCUCUAUCGCAUCCUUCAACUCCUCAUCUUUCCUGAUUGCCUUCGCCAUGUUUGGAGUCUACGUGACGCUCGAUGACAGGAACGUCCUGGAUGCACAGAAGGUUUUCGUCUCAAUGGCGCUGAUCAACAUCCUGAAGACCCCACUCAGUCAGCUGCCAUUUGCCAUAAGCACGACUAUGCAGGCUAUGGUUUCACUGAGACGUCUGGGAAAGUACCUGUGCUCAGAGGAACUGAAACUGGACAAUGUCUCCAAGGGUCCAGUGAGUUCUGAUGGAGAAGACGUGGUGAUAGAAAACGGCACUUUCAGCUGGUCUGCAGAGGGCCCUCCAUGUCUUAAAAGGAUCAGUAUCCAUGUGCCACGAGGUGCCCUGGUCGCUGUGGUCGGGCAUGUGGGCAGUGGAAAGUCUUCUUUGUUGUCCGCCAUGCUCGGUGAAACAGAGAAAAGAAGCGGCCAUGUCGCUGUUAAGGGCUCUGUGGCCUAUGUGCCCCAGCAAGCCUGGAUCCAGAACGCCACAGUUCAGGACAACAUCAUAUUCGGCCGAGAGAAACUGAAGACAUGGUACAAUCGAGUGCUGGAGGCCUGUGCACUGCUGCCCGACCUGGACAUCCUACCUGCCGGAGAUGCUACAGAAAUUGGAGAGAAGGGACUGAACCUCUCAGGUGGGCAGAAGCAGAGGGUGAGCCUGGCCAGAGCUGUCUACAGAAAGGCUGAUGUAUACCUCAUGGAUGAUCCUCUGUCUGCAGUUGAUGCACAUGUGGGUCAACACAUCUUUGACAAAGUCAUUGGACCAAAAGGAGUCCUUAGAGACAAGACCCGCAUCCUAGUGACCCAUGGGAUGAGCUUCCUGCCACAGGCUGACCUCAUCAUCGUCCUGGGAGACGGAGAAAUCACAGAGAGCGGCUCCUACCAGGAGCUCCUCAGCCGCCAUGGCGCCUUCGCUGACUUCAUUCACACUUUUGCCAGCACAGAGAGAAAAGAGAGCGCCAUUCAGAGAGCUGGUUCCAGGAGGUCCAAUGCUCGUCUCAGCAUGGUCGACUUCAUGCCAUUCUCCAGAGACCUGUCACAGGAGCAGCUCAUUGGGGGUGACACCACGAAUACCAACCUGCAGAACAUGGAGCCUGUGAAUGAAACAGACCAGGAACAGGUACCAGAGGACUUGGGCAAGCUAACUGAGGCUGACAAGGCCCGCACGGGAAGGGUGAGGUUGUCGAUGUACAAGAAGUACUUCAAGACCAUCGGCUUGGCCAUCAUCAUUCCCAUCGUCUUCCUGUACGCUUUCCAGCAGGGCGCCUCGUUGGCCUACAACUACUGGCUCAGCAUGUGGGCUGACGACCCUGUUGUUAACGGCACCCAGAUUGAUGCAGAGCUCAAACUGACUGUGUUUGGCGCACUGGGCUUCGUACAAGGUAUCGCCAUCUUUGGUACAACUGUCGCCAUCUCCAUCUGCGGAAUCAUCGCCUCCCGCCACUUGCACAUGGACCUGCUGGUCAACGUGCUGCGCUCUCCCAUGUCCUUCUUCGAGUGCACACCCAGCGGGAACCUGCUCAACCGCUUCGCCAAAGAGAUCGACGCCAUCGACUGCAUGGUCCCCGACGGCUUGAAGAUGAUGCUGAGUUACGUCUUUAAACUCAUGGAGGUCUGCAUCAUUGUGCUGAUGGCGACGCCCUUUGCAGCCGCGAUCAUCCUGCCUCUCGCUUUCCUUUACGCCUUUGUCCAGAGCUUCUACGUCGCCACAUCCUGUCAGCUGCGGAGGCUGGAAGCUGUGAGCCGCUCGCCCAUCUACACCCACUUCAACGAGACGGUGCAGGGCGCCAGCGUCAUCCGUGCCUUUGGCGAGCAGUCCAGGUUCAUUCUACAGGCUAAUGAGAGGGUCGACUUCAAUCAGACCUCCUACUUCCCCAGAUUUGUGGCCACCCGGUGGUUGGCAGUCAAUCUGGAGUUUAUUGGUAAUGGUGUGGUCUUAGCUGCUGCCAUUCUCUCUGUGUGGGGAAAAGGAACCCUGAGUCCUGGCAUCGUUGGUUUGGCUGUGUCACACUCCCUCCAGGUGACUGGAAUCCUGAGUUGGAUUGUGAGAGCCUGGACUGAUGUGGAAAACAACAUUGUUUCUGUGGAGAGAGUCAAUGAGUAUGCUGAAACUGCUAAAGAGGCAAGUUGGACCAUCGAAGGCAGCUCCUUGCCACUGGCUUGGCCCCAGAGAGGCACCAUUGAGUUCCAGGAAUACGGGCUGCAGUACCGUAAAGGCCUUGAGUUGGCUCUGAAGGGCAUUACCUUGAAUAUUCAUGAAAGAGAGAGGGUUGGAAUUGUGGGUCGGACGGGAGCGGGGAAGUCCUCACUUGCCCUGGGAAUCUUCCGGAUCUUAGAGGCAGCAAAGGGAAAGAUCUUUAUAGACGGAGUCAACAUCGCCGACAUUGGACUCCAUGACCUCAGAUCUCGCAUUACUAUCAUUCCUCAGGACCCUGUGCUGUUCUCAGGCUCCCUCCGGAUGAAUCUCGACCCCUUUGACACCUACACCGAUGAGGAGGUGUGGAGGUCACUUGAGCUCGCUCACCUCAAAAACUUUGUCUCCAACUUGCCUGACAAACUCAACCAUGAAUGCUCCGAGGGUGGAGAAAACCUCAGUCUGGGUCAGCGCCAGCUGGUGUGCCUGGCCAGGGCCCUGCUGAGGAAAACCAAGAUCCUGGUUUUGGACGAGGCGACAGCUGCUGUGGACCUGGAGACAGACACGCUCAUCCAGUCAACAAUCCGCACGCAGUUUGAGGACUGCACCGUCCUGACCGUCGCUCACCGCCUCAACACUAUUAUGGAUUACACAAGAGUGAUCGUCAUGGACAGAGGCCUCAUCUCUGAGAUGGACUCUCCAGCCAACCUCAUCGCACAGCGGGGACAGUUCUACCGAAUGUGCCGGGAAGCUGGGCUGGUCUAAGUCUUUGCUGGGCUUCGUACCACGGAGCCGGUGUCCAAGUGUACAGAUGUGGCGUCUUCUUCGUAUGGCUCUCCAGCACACGUUAAAUCGGGCCAUUUCAAGCUUUGUGGCAGCUCAGAAUGCCUCUCCAUGGGGGGCAUUGUCGAUGAAUCUCAAGAGAUGCAGCUGACGCAGUCCCUAUUUGUUGUUAACACUCACAGACAUGCCGUCCUAAAGACUCAGAUGAUGAACACUCAAAAGAAAGCUACAGUGGAUUGUUGAGUCUCCACGUUUUAAAUAUGUAUAUAGCGUAGCAGAGUCAGUUUUUUCCAUGAAAGGAUAAAGCCAAGAGCUACAAGCUAAGAGUACCACAGAUCUUAAGGAUUUUCAUUCUCUUUUUGAAUGGGAGUUUAUCUUAUUUUUGUAGUUUUUAUAAGUGUUAUAAAGCACAUGACAUAUUUUUUGAUGUUGUCUCAGGCUUAAUGUUGAUGUUUACUCACUUUUUUUUAGCCUUGUAUACCAAGAAAGAGGCAAUUGUGUAACUGUAAAUUGAUAGAAGUCUAUUUUUCUCUUCUUGACCCAGAAACUGGGACAGGAAAUACUCUGACACACUAACCUUCAAAAGGUUCACCCUGGCAAACGCAGGGGAAAUGAGGUUUUCACUGCCUUCAAAAUCUGAGCAGCCAAUUUGGAGUUUUUAUAUGUCAGGGAAAAAGAGGAAAACAUUGAAGUGAGCCAACGCAUUAGCAAUCGUCCAACUAUGUUGCGGCUGUUGUUUAUUUCUGUCAAAGUAAACACAUAAAAAAGUCAAUAGAGUCCUCGCUGGUCAGAUUUAACCUGACGCCGGUAGUGAAAACCGCCAUGAAUGAAGAGAAUGCUUCUUCAAAACAAUGGUGAUAAAUCUCUGUGAUUGUGUCUCUGCCUCCACCACACGACUCAGGCCAUAUGCAGAGAAGGAAAAAAAUCAUUAUUGUUGUUAUGGUGCUGACAUGAAAGACUGUAAAUAGUCCACGUUGACCUUUACUCUCGAUUCAAAGAAAAACCCUAUGAACUUUUCAAAGAGAAGAGGCAUUUACUGUUUUUGUCUUACUGGUUUAGACAAUACAUUGUAAGAGAUACCCUAUAGUUUAUUUAUGUCAUGUGACAAAAUGUGUUAAGUGUCCUUAAGAUUCUGAGGAUUGUAUGAUAUUUAUACUUUUUAUAACAAGCUUGUUCAUUUUUUCAUUUUUAAUGUCAAUGUACUGUCUUGUUCCAUACAUCAUGCUGAAUAAUAAAGUUUAUUUGAAUCUA